GUCAGUUAAUGCUCGGCUAUCGAGGAGGGAGUAUCGCGCGAAUGUUUUCCGGGAAAUACAUUUCAUUCGUUGUUCUAGAAAGAGAAAAUUUGCGCUCUUUGUAUUUUUCUUUUUCCUCGAUCAAGUGAAAAAAAAAAUUAUUGAGCGUCCGAUCGUCGUAAAGUCGCCGAUUCUUCCGCGAGAAUAUAUCGCCGGAGAUCGAUUCUCACGUGCGCAUGCUUCCGCGAGUCGCUCCUCAUCCGACUUUUCAAUAAGGACAACAGAGAUACGCUGCGAAUUCCGCCGGCAGGCAAGAAAAACGCGCGGCGGCGCUCGCGGAAGAAGAGGAGAUGACACGGGAGGUCUCGCGGCACUAACGAAGCCGCGACCUUUCCGCGCGCGCACAAUGAUAGAGAGAACGGCCUUGAAGUCGGCGAACGACUAGAGUCUGAGCGAUCGACAAUCGCUUACGCAGCGGUCACUUAGCGCUGACGGUUCAUUCGAGUUUCACAAUCGCCGGCAAUCGCGCCGAUACUCGAGACAGCUCGCCUUUCCCACCUGAAGGGACUCUCGAUCCCGAUUCGCCGAUAUCCGCCGUUCCCGCGAAUCAGCUGCGGCGAAGUGACGCGCGCACGAUGUGGCACGGUGAUUCGGCCGCGAAGGGAUAAAGCUUUUUGUCGAGCGCCAGCGUUCGAAGCCGAUGCGAAAAGUCGGCCAGGAAUUCCACGUGGGCGAGAGAAGCGCGAGGAUGAAGACGAUGGGCGACGUCGUCGCGGACCCCAUCGACGAGAGCGAUGGCACGGCGCAACCCAUCGGCGCGGGCAAAGAGUUCGGCCAGAAGACACUCAAGUCCCUGAAGAGAGGACUAGGCCGGCUCUGGAAGAGGCACCGCGGCAACGUGUCGAUAACCGAGUACGAUCCCUCCUACAAGGUCGCGUAUCUCGGCAACGUACUCACCGGCUGGGCCAAGGGCGAGGGCUGCGUGGAGAAGCCCGUGUCGACCCUGUGGCGGAACUACAUGACCAGCAGCCGGCCGGACGUCUCGAUGAGGCUGACCAUAACCAAUGGCGGUCUGACCGCGACCACAAAGGACCACGGCCUCACCGAGUACUGGGCACACCGUGUAACUUACUGCACGGCCCCGGCCUCCCAUCCCCGGCUUUUCGUCUGGGUGUACCGACACGAGGGCCGCAGAUUGAGACCGGAACUCAGGUGCCAUGCCGCUCUCUGCAGCAAGGAAUCCACCGCGAGGAGGCUCGCCUCGAUCUUGAACGCCAGGCUGCAGCAGGCGCUCUUGGAAUUUCGCCGGGACAAGGUCUCCCGGCAAAACGCCAGGCUGUCCCUGGCGAACGCGCUGUACGACAAUCCGUCGUUGCCGCGCAGAAAGCUGCUCCUAAGCACCGGCGGUCAGAAUUAUCGACCACCCUUGGAGAGGUCGAAGAGCGCGCCGAAGCUGUCGGCGAUCGAGGAGGACAUAGUAGCCGAGGAAAUAGAACAGCAAAGGCUGUUGGAGGAAUUGCGUUCGCUGGAGAGCGUAGCGCGCAGUUGGGAGGAUCAAGAUGGCUGGAGGAUAGCCAGACUUUUGGAUGCUCUCAACCGCGAAUCCUCCGAUGAGAAUGGCAGCAUUUCCAGCGGAUGCGAAACCGCCAGUACAGCGACGAGCGAAGAGAGAGCCGUCUGUCCAGAUGAGCAUCUUGCACAGAAUCAAAAUGAUCAACGAGGAUCAAUCAAGAGAGUUAUCUUCUCGGAUGAAAGAGCCGGCAGAGGGCUGGGACCGCGUAGAAACUCGGAGGGCUCGCCACACUUCAUGACCUGCGCCGGUAGUCCUCGUUUCAGUUCUAUAAAUCCCAUGAAGAGGUUUCCCUUGAGAAGCGAGGAGGAGGAAUCGAUGGAAGAGGAGGAGGAAGAGAUGGAGGACGCUACCUCGAACGUGUUCGACUUCGAAGACGUCGAGGAUCUCGACGACGGUGAUUAUCGGCCGAGGGGCGAAAUGCUGAAUAGAAUCGAAGACUCGCAAAACAGGGAGAGGCGAGCGAGAAAGUAUCCCGGCAAGAUAAGCCGUGAGUUUCUGCAAAACGAGGAGACGUCGUUCCUAACUCUGGAUUCUCUCGACGAAGAGGCUGAUAGCGACGAGAGCGGUUACGUUGAAGCGCCACCAAAGUCUUUGUUAAGUCCGGAAGACAGGAAGGAGGAGGAAGAAAACGAGCACCCGCGAUCGUUCGGGGAUCAAUCGGAAUCGGUGACGACGUGUAGAAAUGUAAAGACCGACGAGAAUGAGAAUGAAAGGACGAAACACGAAGAUUCGAAAAGCAAGCAGGAGGAGGUGGAGUCGAUAAAAACGGAAAAGAAGGAUUCUUUAUUGGUGGUUGACGAUAAUCAAAGAAUUAAAGAGAGGGAAAGGGAGCGAACGGAUUUCAAAUAUCCUAUUUCGGAAACCAUCAGAAAACUGACGAACGCGUCACUUAGGAAUUCCAAGUCUCUCGAGAUGAAGAACAACAGUUGCUUGAACGUAUUACAUAAUUUCAAGACCUCCAAGUCGUUUGAUAGUGCGAAACACGACGAAAUUACUAUAGAAUCGCCGAGUCUUCACCAAAGGAAGCAAUUAUUGGCACAGCGCGGUGUCAUGGUUUAAAUGGCCUCUUUCGAAUUGCAAACUUUUUACGAUUUUGUUUUGCAAAUCGCAUGGGGAUCAAUAUGAACGAACAUGAUUCGUCAUUUAAGUUUUCCAUGAACAAUCAAAGACACUUAUAAUUACACUUUACGAAAAUACUGAGUUUACCGACACCUUGACGAGAGUGCGUAUUAAUAUCUAAAGUAAAAUGUGUUUGAUUGUUCUUGAAAAAUUUACCAAAUUGUAUUCGAUUAUUUCACUUAUUGGACAAAAAUGGUUCUUCUUUUUAUUACAAAUUACUAUUAUAAUAGUAUUUCGUCAUGGAGUCAUUUUCCUUACUACUCGUAGUACUCGUAGCAAAUAAAGAUUAAUAUUAUUAAUUCGGUGACGGAUGCACUGAUCUGUCAAAUUUACGUUAAGUACUGUCAAAUACUAUUUGAUUACUAUUUGAAUAAUCGAAGCGAUGAUCAAAAUAUGGUGUAAAAUGAUCUACUGGGCUUUGAGAGAGAACUAGCUUGAAUUUUCUAGUGCGAGUUAAAGAAAUCAUCAGCGGAUUACAAAGCAGUGCCGGAAUUAGAGCCAAGCGCAAUGUUCUAAUGGGUGUGGUGGUCUCUCUAGUCGGUUUCUCAUGCCUGAGAAUCGUGACCUCACAGGAAUUAUGUUGGACUAAAGUCAAAACUGCUACGUAAUACAUGAAGAUCGAUUUUAUUCAAUAACGAUAUGAGGGAAUGGUUUAUAUUUAUUUAUUUUUUUUUUAUUGUUUUACAGCGUGGAAUUGUCUAGUUCCGGUACUGACAUUAAUUAUAUAGAUUGACAAGGAAACUAUGCUCACACUAUGUACAAGGCGAAUAUGAAAAUAUUGGGAUUACUAAAUUUUUUUUAUAUUUAUGCUCGUUGCAUGUUGCAGUUGUGGUUAAAAAAAUAAUAAUAUUUUAUUAGAUAAGUUUGUUGCAAUGCAUGCAAUUCGUAUAAUUGAAAGGAAACUACCUUGUGUGUAAAAUUCCGGAAAUAGUUGUCUUGUUAUAGUGCAAUGAGCUCGAUAAUUUAAUAACAUGAUUUGUUCUUGUAAAAUUUGAUGCUUCUAUAAAUAAAGUUCAAACGUGAAAUAUC